AUGUCCCGGCAGGUGGUGCGGAGCAGCAAGUUCCGCCACGUCUUCGGCCAGGCGGCCAAGGCCGACCACUGUUACGACGACAUCCGCGUCUCCCAGAUGACCUGGGACAGCAACUUCUGCUCCGUCAACCCCAAGUUCGUGGCUAUGAUCGUGGACGCCAGUGGCGGCGGGGCCUUCAUGGUGCUCCCCCUCAACAAGACGGGUCGUAUCGACAUGUCCUACCCGACCGUGUGCGGACACAAGGGGCCCGUGCUGGACAUCGAGUUUUGCCCCCACAACGACAACGUCAUCGCGAGCGGUUCUGAGGACUGCAGCGUCAUGAUUUGGGAGAUCCCGGACGGCGGGUUGAGCUCGCCGCUCACGCAGCCGGUGGUGAAGCUGGAGGGUCACUCCAGGCGGGUGGGCAUCCUCAGCUGGCACCCUACCGCUCGCAACGUCCUCUUGACCGCAGGCUGCGACAACGUGCUGAUCCUGUGGAACGUGGCUCGCGGCCAGGCGGUCGUCAGGAUGGACGACAUUCACCCGGACAUGAUCUACGGCGCCUGCUGGAACCGCGACGGUUCCAAGAUCCUGACCUCCUGCAAGGACAAGAUCCUGCGGGUUCUGGACCCAAGGAAGGGCAGCGUCCUCCUCGAGAAGGAGAAAGCUCACGAGGGCUCCAGGCCGGUGCGGGCCGUCUGGGUGUCGGACAGGAGGAUCCUAACCACGGGCUUCAGUCGCAUGAGCGAGCGGCAGGUGGCGCUGUGGGACCCGGAGAACUUUAGCUCACCGCUGACCCUGCAGGAAUUGGACACCAGCAGCGGCGUCCUCCUGCCUUUCUUCGACCCGGACACCGGCGUGGUCUACCUGUGCGGCAAGGGCGACAGCAGCGUCCGCUACUUCGAGGUGACGGAGGAGCCGCCCUACGUGCACUACCUGUCCAUGUACAGCAGUAUGGAUAGCCAGAAGGGCAUGGGCUACAUGCCCAAGAGGGGCCUGGAGAUCAACAAGUGCGAGAUCGCCAGGUUCUACAAACUCCACGAGAGGAAAUGCGAGCCCAUCGCCAUGACGGUGCCCAGGAAGUCAGACCAGUUCCAGGAGGACUUGUACCCCGACACGGUGGGCCCCGAACCUUCGGCGGAAGCCGACGAAUGGUUCGCCGGCAAGGACGCCCCGCCCGUGCUGCUCUCGCUCAAAGACGGCUUUGUGGUCACGGCCAAGGCCAGAGAGUUCAAAGUUCACAAGAGCCUCCUCAAGUCCAGCGUGGACGGCGGCGGCCAAGGCGGCGGCCAAAGCGAGGAUUUGUCCGCUUUGAGGCGGGAGUUGAAAUCUCUGAAAGCAUCGCUGGAGGAGCUGAGCAAACGCGUGAGCUCACUGGAGAGCCAACAGCAUUGA